AUGGCCGCGGCUUCCCCUCCGCCUCUCCCCACCGCCGUCUCCUCCGCCGACGUCGCCGCCGCCGCCGCCAACCCCGCCGCGGCGCGCGUCUUCGUCUCCCGCCUCCUCGACUCCGCCAGGCGCGCGUUCUCCGGCGCCCGGCCCAACUACGCCGCCGUCGUCGCGCUCUCCCUCGCUGCCACGCUCCUCGCCCACCCCUUCUCCCUCGGCUCGCUCAUGUUCUCCGCGCUGGCCCUCGGCGCCGCCGUCGUCUGCGCGCGCAGCGCGUUCCGCGUGCCGGAGGACCACUUCCCCGACGUGCCCGACCAGGCUGCCGGCAGCGGCAACCAGCCGGUACUUUCCCUGCUGGCUGCCCUGAGCGGCGGCGGCCAAGCCCAAGCCACGCGUACCAGACAUGUUUACUUCAACCUGGCCACCCAACCAUACCAACACCUCUACACGCAGUUAGAGGCGCUGCUGAAGACGCCAAGCAACCCACCGUACAACCCAAGAGACAUCGACGGUAGAUACGUCCUGGGCCCACGCCGAAGCGAUUUCAGGGGCGCCCCCCAUGGAUGGAUCAUGCUGCACGUCACCUCGGGGCCGCAGUGGGUCCGGGCAAACAGUGCCACACUUGCCCUGGCUGAGGACGACCUGUAUUUAUACGGUUUUGCUAACGGCAGUAACCACUGGUACUUCGUCAACAGUUUCGCAUCAGGUGUACGGGGCGCCACUGCCCUCCCGUUCGGGGAGAACUACGGCGCCCUCAUUAAAGGUGGCCACAAAGUACUCUGGAAGGUACCUCUCGGCGAGGGUUCCGCCGUAUUCGCCGUAAACACAAUGGCGACGUGCGACCGUGCCAGAAGCCAGACAGGCCGAAUCAAGGAUGCUUUUAGAAGGUCUAUUGUCAUGUAUUGUGAGGCCAUCAGAUUCAAGCCCAUCCGGAUGCAGUUCAGCGGCGGGAACCGGUGGGAGCGCCGGACCCACAUCUCCGCCAUCCAUGCCACAUGGGUAAUCUACUGGGGCAAGAUGUCCACGCUCCUCGUCGCCUGGGAACGAAGCGGACGACAAACAUGGGGUGCUCCUCCAUUCGAGAACCAUGCCACAACAGUCCGCCAAAAGAUACAUGUUGGAAACCCCGCCGACGCAUUGGUCAAACUUGACUUCAUCCUUCGCCCAACCCACGAGCAGCUACGUACAUUACUAGUAAAUACUACUAGAAACCAUGCUUAUAUGUACAGUCCAACCGACUGAUCCACUCGUGGUAAGUAUAAAUAGUUAAAUAUAUACUAUAACUACUACGUAUGGCUACACACACACACAUAUCUGUCCGAUCCAUUGUACGUGAUAUGUAAUUUUAUAAGUUUGUUUAAUAAAGAUGAAAGAAUAUAUAUU